AUGUUUCUUCUCCCGUUGCUGCUUUCUGGGCUGCUCAAAGUUAUGUUUAGUGACCUUGCCCAGGCCCAGCUUUCAUCCAAGGAUUCUCAACAAAUAUUUCUAUCAAUGACGACACCAAUAAAGAUCUCACCAUCAACUGGAAUUUUGGAGCCAACAUAUGUAUCUUAUAGCAUUACAAUAGAAGAGAAGCCACAUAUUCUGCUCCUACAUCAAAAAAUUUUUUUACCUCAUGAUUUUAGAAUUUAUAUUUAUAAUGAAGAGGGGAUUUUGACCUCCCUUGAUCCUUUUUUUAAGAAUGUAUGCUUCUACCAAGGGCAUGUGGCAGAUUUCCCAAACUCACUUGUGACACUCAGCACCUGUUCUGGAAUCAGAGGUUGGUUACAGUUUGAAAAUUUCACAUAUGGAAUUGAACCUCUAGCAUCUUCAUUAAGCUUUGAGCAUGUGAUUUAUCGAGUAAAGAACAAUAACCCAAAUGUCGUUUUUCUAUAUACUGAAAAAGACACAAAUGUAAUUUCAAGAAGAUCAGCUUAUGAAUUACCACAGUUUGAAUACCAAUUAGAUUUUUUUUCAUCUUUUUCUGGAUAUCUAGAAAUGCAUGUAGUAGUGGAAAAAAAUCUGUAUGAGUUUUUGGGAUCUGAUGCAAACAUUGUUACUCAGAAAAUUGUCAUGGUUGUUGGACUCAUCAGCACAAUGUUUAGCUCACUUAACUUGACCGUUGUACUGUCCUCCUUGGAAUUCUGGGUAGAUGACAAUAAAAUUGACACUGUUGGAGAACCUGAUGAAAUACUGAAGAGAUUUUUAAUUUGGAAAGAAUCUUAUCUUGUUCUAAGAAGGCAUGAUGUGGCAUAUUUACUCGUUUACAGGGAUGUUUUUAAAUAUGUGGGAGCAACAUUUCAAGGGAAGAUGUGUGAAAGAAACUCUGCUGCUGGUAUUGCAAUGUAUCCAAGAAUAUUUACUCUCGAGGCACUUUCAGUUGUUAUUGCUCAAUUAUUGGCUCAUAGCAUGGGAAUAACUUAUGAUGAUGAAAGAUGUCAGUGUCCAAGCGCUGUCUGCAUAAUGACCCCACAAGCAGUGAAGUCCACUGGUGUGAAGGCAUUUAGUUCCUGUAGUGUAGCAGCCUUUAAGGAUUUUGUAUUAAGAAAAAAUCCUGAAUGUCUUCAGAAUCGACCACAGUUAGAUCCAUCUUAUAGAAGUGCAGUUUGUGGUAAUGGUGUCCUCGAAGCUGAUGAAGAAUGUGACUGUGGCUUUCUAAAGGCCUGUACUGUCUGUUGUCGUGCAUGGAAUUGUAAGCUGAUUGCUGGAAAAGCGUGUGCCCAUGGAGAGUGCUGUGAAAACUGUCAAUUUCGUGCAAAAGGUACAAAAUGUAGGAAUCCUAUUGAUUUAGAGUGUGAUCUCCCUGAGUAUUGUAAUGGAUCCUCUGGCUUCUGUCAGACUGACUUAUAUGUUCAAAAUGGACGUGAAUGCCGUUCCCAAACGAGUUACUGCAUUAAAGGAAAAUGCCUAAAUCCAGAUGAACAGUGUAAAGAUGUAUUUGGUCCAGGUUCAACUUUUGCUCCUUAUGAGUGUUUUGAAGAACUUAACAGUAAGGCAGAUCGGACAGGGAACUGUGGUUAUGAUGACCGUGGAUACCACAUGUGCCCAUGGAAGGACCUGCGCUGUGGAAAAUUACUAUGUGAAUAUAGAAAUUCAACACCAUUCUUUAAUACAACCGCAGUUGUUAUUUAUGUUAAUGUACGCAAUCAUACGUGUAUCACAUUAGACCACCAAGUGCGUGAUGUUAAAAAGGACCCUAUGUGGGUAACUGAUGGAGUCAUUUGUGGAUAUAAAGCGAUUUGUUACAAUCACAAAUGUGUUCCAGUUUCUACCCUGGGAUAUGACUGUACUGGUAGGAAAUGCAACUUCCAUGGGAUUUGCAAUAAUCGAAGAAACUGUCACUGUGAUGAUGGGUGGCGCCCUCCAGACUGCAGCACUCCCAUUGCUGGAAUAGGAGCAAGUAUUGACAGUGGAAUCCAUUCAAAAUCUGAUAUAUUUGUAAUACCUUCUGGUAGUACCAGUUCUAAAAAGUGGAACGUAAUAGCUUGCUUCUUCAUAGUACUUAUUCUUGCAGCAGGAGGAAUUGUAACAGCAAAAUUUUUAUGGCACGGACAAAAAUGGAAAUGUAGAGUUCAAGAAGCAUCAAGUGAUGAAUCAUUUUCAGAAGACAGUCACAUAGAAGAAACCAAUGACUACUCCCAAACUUAA